UUGUUUCAGAUUUUAUGAAGCGUAUUAUUUAGCCAAGGACAUAUUCAUGGACUUCUUCGACCUGUACACGGAGUGUGUGCACUCGACCAUUAAGCAAGAUCUCAUAAUAGAUGACAUACAAAGCUAUCUAUUUUAUCCUGCGAAGACUACUGUGGGCUACGCUCCAAAAUUCACUCAAAACCGUAGAUUUUUUGCUAAUCUGAUAGGCACGCCCGAGUUCCAUAGAAUGUUGAACAAAGACCUCGAGAAAUUGAGGGGAAGCUUUGUAGAAAAACUUAAGAAAUGUGAUAGUAUCGUGAUGGACGAGCAUCGGCUGAACGAGAUGUUAGAUAGACCCGUACAUGGUGUGAAAUAUGUUUAAAUAAUUAAAUAAAGUGAUAUCAUUGA